AUGUGCUCAGGGGUUCGAGGGUAUGGGCCCUGGGCACAGUGGGACGGUCUGACAGGACAUAUAGUCCUGAACAAGACGGACGGAUUGAGGAGGGACUUUGACCUGGACAUCAUCAGCCUGAAGGAGGACGGCACCACCAGGGGGAUUGUGGAGGGCUCCAGUCGCCUCAAUAAAAGGUGGAUCAAGAUCGCCGUGUGGAACUCGUACAGGGGUCUGAACCUGACGGAGAACAGCAGAAACAAGGACAACAACGUGACAGACUCUUUGGCCAACCGCACUCUCAUCGUCACCACCAUACUGGAAAACCCUUAUGUAAUGCAUAAGAAAUCGGACAAGGAGCUUGUUGGCAAUGACCGCUUUGAGGGCUACUGCCUGGACCUGCUGAAGGAGCUGUCCAACAUCCUGGGCUUUACCUAUGAGGUCAAACUGGUGACUGAUGGGAAAUAUGGCGCCCAGAAUGACAAGGGAGAGUGGAACGGGAUGGUCCGGGAGCUCAUUGACCACAUAGCCGACCUGGCCGUAGCUCCUCUGACCAUCACCUACGUGAGGGAGAAGUCCAUCGACUUCUCCAAGCCCUUCAUGACCCUGGGGAUCAGCAUCCUGUACCGCAAGCCCAACGGCACCAACCCUGGGGUGUUCUCCUUCCUCAACCCUCUCACCCCCGACAUCUGGAUGUACGUGCUGCUGGCCUGCACUGGGGUCAGCUGUGUCCUCUUCGUUAUCGCCAGGUUUACUCCGUACGAGUGGUACAACCCUCACCCCUGCAACCCAUCCUCGGAACUUGUGGAGAACAACUUCACUUUGCUCAACAGCUUCUGGUUCGGCGUCGGAGCUCUCAUGCGGCAAGGUUCGGAGCUGAUGCCCAAGGCUCUGUCCACUCGUAUUGUCGGGGGGAUCUGGUGGUUCUUCACCCUCAUCAUCAUCUCCUCCUACACGGCCAACCUGGCGGCCUUCCUCACGGUGGAGAGGAUGGACGCUCCCAUCGACUCGGCCGACGACCUGGCCAAGCAGACCAGGAUCGAGUACGGCUCCGUCAGGGACGGCUCCACCAUGACCUUUUUUAAGAAAUCCAAGAUCUCCACCUAUGAGAAGAUGUGGGCGUUCAUGAGCAGUAGGAAGAACACAGCCCUGGUGAAGAACAACAGGGACGGCAUCACGCGUGUGCUCACCACGGACUACGCCAUGCUGAUGGAGUCCACCAGCAUAGAGUACAUCAGCCAGAGGAACUGUAACCUCACCCAGAUAGGAGGCCUCAUAGACUCCAAGGGCUACGGGGUGGGCACCCCCAUAGGUUCCCCCUACCGCGACAAGAUCACCAUCGCCAUCCUGCAGCUGCAGGAAGAAGGGAAGCUCCACAUGAUGAAGGAGAAGUGGUGGAGAGGGAACGGCUGUCCCGAGGAGGACAAUAAGGAGGCGAGCGCCCUGGGGGUGGAGAACAUCGGGGGCAUCUUCAUCGUGCUGGCUGCUGGCCUGGUCCUCUCUGUGUUUGUGGCCAUAGGAGAGUUCAUCUACAAGGCCCGCAAGAACUCUGACAUCGAGGAGGCCUUCUGUUUCUUCUACGGCGUGCAGUCUCGUCAGCUCCAGCGCAGAGACUCCACCUCCUCCUCUGGCUCGUCCCUCUCCAACGACCUGGAGAGCGGCAGGCUGCUGGGGGACGACAUAGAGUAGCUACGGCAACGCUGCCCACACGCCAAUCACGCUCGACAAUAGUGUGCCUCUUUCAGCAGCGUCAUGGAGGAGUUAGGCAUCUCAUUGCGCUGUCACAAAACCAUCAAGAGAAGGUCACGACCCCGCAGCCGCACUGGUUUGGCUAGUGGCAUCUGUCAUCCCAAACGCAUCCUGAGAAAGGAGACCAUGGCAUAGAGAAGGCCAUUGAGGAAGCCCCGUUUGCCCUAGUGCUUAUAGAGAAACAUUGUCUGAGAGGCUGGAUGAAACACUAGGAUCCCCUCUCGUGUUAUUUAGCGGGCCGCUCUCUAUUCUGUUUAUUGUCGGUCUCCGUUCUUGUGUGAAUACAUUCAAUAUAUCAGCAGUAAAUCUACAAUUAUACGUCGUUUAGUUUAAAGCCUUUGUAGCAACAUCAGUAAUGACGUGAAAUGUGUUUGUAAAAGAGUUGACGAAUGGAUGGUAACAGAGUAAUUUUCAUGUCGCUUGUCCUUAGCUGGGUAUAUUGUUGCAUUCUUCUGUACUGUGCCCAUUUUUCCAGAAUAAAGCAUUUUACAAUUUUCCACAA